AUGGGCAGUAUUGGUUGCAGGAGACCUCAGGCUCCUACGAGCCCGCUCAAGCCGCUAUCUGAACACCUCAUAAGAACUCCCGAGAAAAUUGAGCAACAGUCUGUCCCAUCUCUGAUUCUAGAGCGGCCAGACGUGUUGGGUGAAAUGAAGUUACGCUUGGAUGAUGCGAUUCCUGUUUCUGCAUCAGUCAGCUCUCAAGCUAGUCCAGCGAGGAUGACAUUGAGGGAUCGUUCAGAAGCUAAACCCGAGAUGCACUGGAUGUCAGCUUUGCCUGCUGAAGAGCAAAAACGGAUUAGCGGCCUGUGGGAGCAGGCAACCGGCGAAACAGAAGUGCCAAAUGACAGUAACACUGUAACGAAGAAAAUAGCCUUGUUCGAAAAUCGCCUACAAAAGUGUCCCCCACCACGACCACCACCACCACGACGACAUGCACCUCCACCACCAAUACAAAUCAGCGCUGGAGUUAACAACGAGCAGAGCCCCAUGGAGGUCGACGACGGAGGGAAAGGCGAUUCUCAUGCAGAUGAGAAAACGUCUCUCACACAAGAAAAUGAGCACAAAACCGCCGUACAGCAUGGUGUUCCGAACAACACUACGACUGAAGUACAGGUUCAAGGACGGCUUCCUUCACCUUUUCCUUCUUCUGUGCAACAAUUUCCCAUACCGAAGCCAAGAACGGUACGCACACAGUCUUACGUUACUUGA